CUGCAGGGCGGGGAUGGAGGUCCUGGAUGAGUUUGACUGGGAGCACCCGCUGACCUUCACGUUCUGCGAGCUCAUCUCGGAGGAAGCCUUUGAGCGGCAGGCCGUGUCGUACACGGAGCGCUCCCUGCGCCGCCUCUUCCGCAGCAUGGACCGUAACCCGGCGCUGGGGGAGCGCGUGGUGCGCAAAUGGAAGCAGGAGGAGCGCGAGCGGCUCGGCCUCAUCUCCUUCCUCACGGGUAGGUUCUUCCAAGCCCUCCAGGGAGACCUCAAUCGCUACAAUAACGUGGGGGCCUUGGAGCUUCAACAGAGGCUGGAUCAUCUGAAGAAGAAGAUGCAGAAAUUAAACACCUAUGCCCAAGAUGCAAGGCAGAAGAGGAGGAAGAGGGGGGCCUGUGGACUAGAUCGUUCCCCUUCCACGGCAGGCAGCAUCUUGUCCCGAUCCCCAGGUGCUACAACCAUUUCCAACUGUUCGGCCAUUCCAGUCACAUACAUGCCCAGAGUCUUUGGUCCUUUCCCUCCUCUCUCCGACGAGCAGACAGAGACAUUGGCUGGUCCAAACUCUGAAGUGAAGCUCAUGCAGCUAAACUGGACAGGACUGUCAGCAGCCCCUAAGAGAAUGGUUGAUCUGACUCCUUUGGUGCUUAACCCUGGUGGUUUUCAUUCUUCUCUACUCUCUGGAAGCCCCACUCACAAGUUUCAAUGCCCUGGCUUUCCCUGGUCUCUGGGUCUGGGCUCUACCACCAAUCCUGAGGGCUCAGCCCCAACAGUGAGGAAUGCUUCUGUCUUCACCCCACCUGUGCUGCUCAAGUUCCAGCCAGUGCAGAGGCCUCAGGAGGAUCCAGAUAGCGACCAUGAGAACAAGAGCUUGGAUUCUCCCAGUAGCGCCCCGCCAUAAUGCCCCUUUAUCACUCUGAACUCAAGAAUGAAUAAAGCUCUCCAUGGAAACUA